CCCCCGCUGCGGCCCGCACACACUCGGCUCAGGGCUUCUGACGGAGGAGACCUGUCGUCCUCUCCCCCACCUUUCACAGCUCCUUCACUUUGUCAAACCUCUCUCUUUUCCUUUCAAUGGCCGUGCGUGGCGUGAUUUGCACUCAGCAGCGCAAUAGUUAAUGAGUGCCGGAUGCGCCCUCACUCCAGCAGACCGCUACAGUACGAAGAUGGCGUCGGAGGGAGCCAGCGGAGAGCAGCCUCCUCCGGUACAAACACUGGCAACCGCCGUGCUGGGAAGUGUCGACACGAAAUGUGAGUUCAACAUGGAUAACCUGAGCAAGCCAGAGCUGCUCACCCUGCUGAGUAUCAUGGAGGGAGAGCUGGAGGCCCGCGACCUGGUCAUAGAAGCCCUGAGGGCUCAGAGGAAGGAGGUGUUUCUCCAAGAGCGAUACGGUCACUACAGCCUGACCGACCCCUUCCUGGCACUUCAGAGGGACUUUGAAUGUGGGGUCCCCGGAGGAGACAAGGAGCGGCGGCCCCUAGGCUCCAGCCCCAUCUCCGUCCUGGAGGCCGUCAUGGCCCACUGCAGGAAGAUGCAGGAACGCAUGUCGGCCCAGCUGGCCGCCGCCGAGAGCCGCCAGAAGAGGCUGGAGAUGGAGAAGCUGCAGCUGCAGAGUCUGGAGCAGGAGCACCGCAAGCUGACGGCGCAGCUGAAGGACGAGCGAGAGAAGAACAAGCACAUCGUCAUGAUGUUGGUGCGUGAGUGCAAGCAGCUCGCCACACGGGUGGUGGAGGAGUCGCAGCGCUUUGACGAGCUCCAGGCUCGCCUGGACGAGGAGAGUCGCACCUCUGGCCGGCUGCAGGACGAGCUGAGCAGCGAGCGGCAGCGUAGCCAACAGAUGGAGGCCAAGAUGGAGAAGCAGCUGUCGGAGUUUGACACAGAGCGGGAACAGCUGCGUGCCAGGCUGGGCCGCGAGGAGGUCGAGAGCCACAGUCUGCGGCAGCAGGUGGAGCAGCUCAGGACUGAACAGGGCGAUGCGAAGGAUGGCGCCACUGUCGCCCAGCCUGCUGCUGCCGGAGCAGAACCUGCUGCUGCCACCAGCACACCACCCAAACCUAAAGCUCUGACGUCUGUUUCCGUAGCCACAGAGCCCAUCAGCUCUCGAACAGCGUCUUGCCAAACGGACCUGCCCCCCACUGAGGUGGAGGGUCCCAAGAAGAACCCCCUCACUAUACCCGUCAAACCAACGCCCUCCAACUACGUGGGCCUGAGUCUGCCAAAGACGAGUGGACGAGGGAUCGUCCACAGCAGCUCAGGAGGACUGGCACAGACAGAGAAUGGCUCAGAGGGCCAAGGCCCCCACGGCUUACCCAGCGGAGUCAGCCCCCGUGUCCAGGCAGCCCGCUACAAGUUCCAGGAACAGGACCAAAACGGCACGGCGUCCCAGAGUCCUCCGGCCCGUGACCUCUCCCCCACCAACCGUGACAACUUUGCCGCCAAGCAGCAAGCACGCCACACCGUCACACAGGUCCUUUCACGCUUCACCAGUCCUCCAGCAGGUGGUGGACCCCUGCGUCCAGGCCUGCCCCACUCCGCCUCAGAGGGAGGCCCUUUUCCCGGCCGCCUGAGCCAUCCCAUCGGCAUCAAGUCGCCCACGGUGGCCAGGAUCGACCGGGGAAACCCUCCCCCUAUCCCUCCCAAAAAGCCAGGGCUUUCUCAGACCCCCUCUCCUCCUCACCCACCCAUCAAGGUGGUGGGGGACAGCAGCCGCUCCCCUGGGGCCGGGCUGAAACCGGCCACGCCCCAGCUGCCGCCCAAACCCGCCCUGGACCUGGUCCCAGCCCUGACGGCCUCUCAGGUGGGUGCCUGCCCCCCCUCCCGCUCCCCGGGGCCUGGCCGGGGCCCUCAGCGUCAGCCGGCAGCAGCAUGUGCAGAGUGCCCCCCCGUCAUCAGUCCUGCCACCACUGUCAGUAGCCCCUCCUCCAUAAACCCCCCCUCCACCUCCUCCUCCAUUAGUGCCUCAUCCUCCCGUAGCCCCCGAGCCUCAGCAGGCAGCCCCCUGGCAACAGCAUCAGGCUGGUGUCCCUCCGUAGUCUCCUCUCUAAGCGGCGGAGGGCCUGCUGCCCUGGACGGCGGGCGCCCCCUGCUCCCCCAAGCUGCUUCCCAGGGAAAUGUCACUUUAUUGUCAAUGCUGCUUAACCAACCAGACCCGACCACCAUCACCACCACCACCACCACCACUACCACCUCCACGUCCACCAACACCACCUCUACCGCCAACUCCACCUCUACAUCCGCCAUGGAGGACAAGCCCAAUCAUCUUGACCAAGACCACCACCUCUACCACAACCACCACCAAACCUCUGCCUUGUUUGCUGCUGCUCAGAACGGACACACAGAGUGUGUGAAGCUGCUGCUGUCAUCCGGAUCGCCUGCUGAUGUCUCGGAUGAAAAUGGAUUCACACCUUUACACUUUGCUGCCGCCCACGGCCACAGCAGCUGUGUGGAGGUGCUGCUGUCUGCAGGAGCUGCUGUGGACUCGGCGGCGGCGGGGGGACAGACUUCCCUCUUCCUGGCCUGUGAGGCUGGACAGCUGAACUGCGUCCGUGUCCUGCUGAGCGCCGGAGCCGAUCGCUCGCGCACCACAACGGACGGCUUCACGGCUCUCCACGCAGCGGUGCGCUCCGGACACGUGGACACGCUGCGUCUACUCCUCUGCCACCCAAUUCAGGGUGACACCACUGUGACCCCUGACCCCCCCGCCACCCUGGCGCUGCCUGCUGCCCUGCUGAACCACGCCAACAGUGACGGCUGGACGGCUGCACACAUGGCUGCCGCCCUGGGCCUCAAGGACUGUCUGGAGGUGCUGUGCAGCCACAGUGAACAGGACAUCGAGAGGAGGGAUAAGUGUAAUCGCACCAUUCAUGACGUGGCGACUGAUGACUGCAAAGAUCUACUUGAAAACCUCCACUCGUACCGGGUCCUGGUGCGUCUCCAGUGUUCAGGUGGAGGAGGAGCGGGAUCCAUGUGUCCCGUGGAGGCCCUGGAGGAGGAGGCGAAGGGCGUCACCAGCAGCCAGUUGGUGCUGGGGAGAGUCUCUGUGGACCGGUCGAUGCGUUGGUGUCAGCUGGGCUCCACCCUCAGACACGCCUUCACCUCCUACCUCCAGACUGUCUGUGGGGAGUCUCUGAUGGCCAGGGAGGAGGCGCCACGCCCACCGCUAGGCCUCAGUCCCGCCAGUGUCGCCUCCAUCCUUAUUGGUGACACCGAGUGGUUGCCAGAUCAGGAGCUGCCUCUAUCCCCCUGGGACCUGGUCAGAAAGCCCCUCAGCCAGCGCAUCACCAUCCGCCUCAAAGGUCUGUCUGAGUCGUGUCUCGAUGAGCUGGCUCUGGAAUACCUCUUCCCUCUGCCGCUGCUGCACAACUACGUCCGCCUGGUGGAACAGUACGGGAACCUCAUCUUUCACGGGCUGGAGGGCAGCUGUCAGGAGUACAUCGCCAGUCUGGUCGCUCACUGCAUCAAGUCGAAGCAGGAGGCAGGGGGGCUCGGCUGUGACGUGGUGAGGGUAGAGGUGGAGGAGAGCCUGACCAAAGAGCAGCUGCUGGAGACUUUCAUCAGCUGUGGUUUCCUGGUGCCAGCGGUGGGGUCAGGGGUCGGGGUUCCAGGUGGUCGCACCACUCACUGUGUGGUGGUGCUGCUGGAGGGACUCGAGAAGGCUUCAUCCCUAACAGGCCUGCUGGGCGACCUCUGCCAUAGUCUGGACAACAGGGGCUCUGCCUCACCCCUGGUCCUAAACACUGGUCCCCACCACUUCCACGAAGGCAGCUUCCUGAUUGCGACGCUGUCGAAGCCCCGCCUGCAGGGAUCGGAGCUCCGCCUGCAGCAGCAUUUCCGCUGGGUAACACUGCGCUGGGAUCAGGAGCCGCUGCAAGGCCUGCUGGGAAGACACCUCCGCAGGAAGCUGCUUCAUAAGGUGGGGACGGCAGUUUGGACACCUGAUGGCGUCAUGGAGCGGUCGGUGUUGUGGGUGAGUCAGGUUUGGCAGCAGCUCAACGCCUGUCUGUCCCGUCUGGGGACCCAUGAGGCUUUGCUGGGCCCGCAGCUCUUCCUGUCCUGCCCUGUGGUCCCAAACAACACACAGGCAGUCGUCAGGUGGCUGGCUCGCCUCUGGAAUGCCGUGGUGGUCCCCCGUGUGGAAGAGGCCAUCAUCUUACGGGUAACAGCCAGGCACCCCACCACCACCACCUCCUCCUCCUCCUCCUCCUCCUCCUCGCCGUCGUUGUCGCAGCGACCGUCUCCUAGCAACUGUGGGCUGAGUGCCGGGCAGCAGGCUGUGGUGAAAGCCGCCCUCAGCAUCCUGGUCAACAAGGCUGUUCUCCAGGGCUGCCCUCUGCCGCGGCACGAGAUCGACAGGUACCUGCUGGAGUUCAGGGGCGGGACCUUCCCCCUGUCAGCCAUCGGCUCCUAUAAAGGAAGUGGCGGUGGAGGAGGAGGGAGGAAGGGACGGGACAGCGGCAAGUUGAGACGAUCCAACACCAGCCCUCGGAAGAAGGGAGGCCCCGCCUUGAGCUGGAGCUCUGGCGGAUCCUUCAGAGAGGGUUCACUGUCAAGCACUGAUGUCAGCUUCAUCUCCAACGGCAGAGUCCAGAGGGAGCCUGUGGGUCUGUCUGUGUUCUCUGAUGACGAGACUGAUUUAAUCAGAGAGCUGCAGACCAUGUGCUCCAGCAAGUCAGAGCCAGACAUCAGCAAGAUCUCUCAGGCCAAAGACGACUUGAUCCUGUUCUCCAGCUCACCCAGCGAAGCGACGCCGCCCCACAAGGCCGAGCAGGAAACCGCAGUCCAGCAGCGACCGCAGACGACCGUCGUCCGUCAGUCCAGCCGCAGCUCCAGCCAGGCAGCCGUCCAGAGCAGCGACCGACGCUCAGGCCCCCGCGCCAAAUCGCAGCUCCCCGUCCCCAGCAGCAGGGGGCAGCAGCAGACACGAGCCUCCACUGCUGCCUCCAGCAGCAACAAUAACGGCAGCAGCAGCAGCAGCAGCAGCCCCAGCCGAACCCAGACGCCCCCCAGCCGCAGCAGAACCUCCAACAGCAGCAGCAGCAGCAGAACAAAGCAGGCUCCUCCCAGCAGCAACAACAACUACUACCGCAACAGCAUCAACGACAACAACCAAUCACACGAGGACAUCUGGAUCCUCCACAGAGACCUGCAUGAAAACAACAACAACAGCAAGUAGACAUCCCCCCCCCCCCCCCUCCGCCCCUCUGCCCUCCGCCCCUCCGCCCCUCCGCCCCCGCCCUCCCUGAUUCCGCUGUGAAAACCUCCCUCCAUGAUGUAAAGACUAGGUACCUGACGACCUUUGACUUUUAGUAUUUGUACUUGUUAUCCGUACUUGUUACACUGUACUACAGUUGUGUACUUGGGGACCAUAGUUUUAUUCUAUCACAGUAUUUGAAGUAUUUGUUUGGUUUGACUUUAAGUGGGGAGAAAACAGCCGAAGGUAACGCAGCAGCAGGUUACUUUUACUGUUGCCUUAUUCCAGUGUUUCAACCUGCGUAUUCUGGGACAGUGUUCAGUCGAUGACAUGCGGUGGAAGAAUUUACUGAAAUAAGUUGUGACAUAAAGUAUUUGACAGGUGGAAACUGCCUCAAAACAGAAGUGACACAGUGUUUUUGUGUUCUUAAAGUGGAAUACUGAACUGGUGCGACUGGUAUAAGGCCAUCGAAGAGUAACUGGAGGUUCUUACAGGUUGUUACCUUUUAGUGAAACGUGUUUUUUGGAUCAAAGAAAGAAACAAGCAGGUUUUUAUUUUUCUUUUUUUGUUGUUUUUGCUAUUAAGUAUUUUGAGAUAUUCAAGUGUUUUAUCUUUAAAUAGUUGCAAGGUUGGUUUAAAUACUGUUGAAAUUAAUCAGGGUUUUACCAAAUAUAUUUGUAAAUAAGAAUUAGUAAGUUUAAAUGCUCUAUAGAUUGGUGUAUGUGGUACAGUAUGACGCUUGUACAGUGACGAAACCUUAAAGCAAAACUGCUGAAAAAAACAAACUUGUACAUAGUGUUUGUAAAACGAGUUUGGUUCUGAACCCUUCACUUGUUUCAGAGUGACGGGCCGUGGCAAUAAGUAAUAGAACUGUAUAAACACAGGAUGUCCUAUCAACUGUAAGCCAUAAUAAAUAUUUUAAAUGC